UCGCGUGUAACACUUGGCGCGCUGAAGACUGCGAGUGCUGGUUUAUUACCAUAUUUUUUUAGAAAUUCUGCCAGGCGAUGGUUUCUAAUGACCUCCCUUGCUUCAAUAUUACAAAUCACUCUAUCCUCUAUGCAUUCCGAUCUUUGAAUUCUUGUUGAAGUUGGUUGAUCAGUGGUGACACAUUGGAAAUUCAAAAUUGGAGUCUCUUGUUUGCACCAUGACGUCUCGGUCAAAGUCGAACUCUUUACGGUCACAGGAAAUCUCGCCACUUGAGGAAGGCACUUCCAGGAUAUGCAAACCAGAUGUUUUCCCUGCGAGUGAUGGUUUAUCCAAUGGAAGUUACUACAGCGCGGAGGGGAUGCGGGCUGAUGCGUUUGAGGAGCAGCUGGAAGUCAUUGAGGAAGAAGUGCAGGGUUUACGGGCGCGAUCCUCACGACGGGGAAGCGAUGCGCUGCCUGAUGAUGAUAUCGAUAUUGAUUAUGCUUUAGAAGAUCUUCCGCCCCUUCCGGACCUGCCUGAGCCCCCGAAUCCCACUGCUUUCGAAGGCAUGAAGGUUGAUGGAGAACCCGUAGUAUGUGCUGGCAUUGAAUUUAUUCAAGAGGCUAGCUCAAGGGCACAGAAAAUUAUUCAGCGCGUCUGGAAGGCAGCUUGGAUACAGACCCCAUUCCAUCAUCUUCCCGAAUGGCUGAAGGACAACGAUUUCUUACGGGCCGGUCACCGUCCUCAAAUUCAGUCUUUCCGCGAGUGCUUCCGAUCGAUAUUCCGGAUUCACACGGAAACUGGCAACAUUUGGACACAUAUGCUUGGGUGUAUUGCGUUUAUUGGCGUGGCAAUUUACAUGCUAACAUCAGAACACUUUCCGCAAGAAGAGAAAUGGGUUUUUGGAGCGUUCUUUGCUGGAGCAAUUAUUUGCAUGGGGUUUUCCUUCAUGUUUCACACUGUAUACUGUCAUUCUCGUACUGUUGGUCUGCUCUUUUUGAAGUUGGAUUAUUGUGGAAUCGCCAUUCUUAUCUUGGGAUCAUUUAUCCCCUGGCUGCAUUUUGGCUUUUAUUGUCGGACUUUGCUUAAAACAGUUUACCUUACUGUAGUCUCAGUGUUGGCCGUAGCAGCAGUUAUCGUGGCGCUUUGGGAUAAGUUUAGUGAACCUGCGUUUCGGCCCAUUAGAGCAGCUGUGUUUCUCUCUCUGGGCUUGAGCGGUAUGAUCCCAGCUAUUCAUAGUAUCCUUUCGCUCGGCUGGAUACGAUCCAUGCAGGAAGCAUCGAUACAUUGGCUAUUUUUUAUGGGCUUUCUUUAUGUAUUCGGAGCACUGAUGUACGCAUUCCGACUUCCGGAGAGGUUUUUUCCUGGUCGAUUUGAUAUUUGGUUCCAAAGCCAUCAAAUCUUUCACGUAUUUGUCGUUAUUGCGGCCUUUGUGCACUAUCACGGGAUUUCUUUGAUGGCAAGCCAUCGAUUUAGCCGGGGCGCUUGUCCUAAUCUUCCACCAGGAUUGGAAGGGCUGUCCGCAUUGGAUUACUAGAAUUACGCGACUACAACGGAUUAUUGGGAUUGGGCAACUGUGAAUCUGUGAUACAUGUCACUUCUACCCGUUCUGUUAUUCUUCGAUCCUGUGCAAAAAAUACAUUUAUGUAGCCGCAUUUUAAUUUAUCUUACUUAUCUGAAUUUUGUGGUGCAGUAUUACCGUGUGAGUGAUGGUUAUGACUUAUGAUUACACAUUGUCCGGUGGUUUCAGUAAUAUUAUUGUCUGCUUCUUAGCUAAUUUUGAUCGUUUAUUUAUUUGCAAAAUAGUAUUAAUCAAUGCGACAUACAUCAAAAUAAACACGGCUUUGUCUUG